UAUUGUAUUAAAAAAUAUCGUACGAGUGGGUGUAUUUUAUAUUAUCCCUUCCUAUCAGAUUGAAAUGUUCUUUUUUUUUCGGUUUUUCAUGUAUGGUUUUCACCAGGAAUAAAGUGCAGUAGAGCUUACAUAGACUGGUAGCUUUUGUCUACUAACAAAACCUCACAGUUUCACAUAAAAACCCUAACAUCAGCUGGAAGCUUUUUUUCCCAAUUUAGCUAUCGAAGAUCUCGGAUGUUGAUUAGUUUCAGUUCUGAAUUUGGAGAAUGUUGAUGGGACAUACAGAGGGGCUAUCAGAUCUUGGGUCAUCAAAGGAUCACCUAAUUUCUGAUCCUGAACCAGAUUUGGAUGAUUAUGAUGAUGAAUUUAAUGCUGAACAGAUAUUGUACACAGCUUCAUUUGAGGAACUUGGAAAAAAUACCUUGAAGUAUGACACUGUUAUAUGGGUUUCCAUAUCAUUACUGCUUGUUUUAGCUUGGGGAGUCGGUAUUCUUAUGUUGCUAUAUUUACCCGUUAGAAGAUAUGUGCUUCAAAAGGAAAUUUCUUCGCGCAAACUCUAUGUUACACCCAACGAAAUAGUUUACAAGGUUUCAAGGCCUUCAUUCAUACCCUUUUGGGGAGUCGCAGCAAUUGAGCAGCGUGUUCCUCUUUCCUUGGUGAUUGAUGUCAUCAUUGAACAAGGUUGCCUGCAAUCUGUUUAUGGAAUCCAUACAUUUAGAGUUGAAAGCAUAGCACGUGGAAAAGCUGCACCAGUAGAUGAACUACAAGUUCAAGGUGUUGUUAACCCUGCAACUUUGAGGAAGGUCAUAAUCACAGAGGCUGCAAAAAAUAUCCAGGAUGCUGGAAAAGGUUGGAAAGCCGUUGCACCCACAGGGGAAGGGGAAAGCAUGUCCAGGAUGGCAUCUUUGAGUGAGGGACCAACUCUUUUCAAAUCACCAAGCAAGAGCUGGAAGAUGACAGGUUCUCCACGCUAUGCAUCCAUGGAGCCUAGAAGUCCGAUAAUUGGUGAUGUGGUGCUAAAUAAGAUUGAAGAAGUCAGCAGAUCAGUAAAGAGAAUUGAGUCUCUUAUUGAGAGGUCCCAAAAUGCCCCAGAAAGCAGUCAGAAUUAGGUUAAUGUAUACGGUCUUUCCAGACUCGGUCAAAAAUGUAGAAGUAUAUCUGGUUACUUUGUUACCGGGGAAGAAUAGAGACAGAACCUUGGAUAAAGAAAUUGCAGUAAGCAGCUAUACUCUGUGCGGUUGCUUCAUGGAACCAUGGAUUAUUGUAUAGAAUGCAAGAGGGAAUCUUUUUCUCCCAGCACCCUCUAAACAUUGGCUACUGGUUUGCUUUUGUUGCUUUUGGAAACAUGUUUUUGUUUGAAUUCUGCAAUAUUCUUCUUUCAAUUUUUGUUUUGUAAAGAAUUCCACCAUGUGAUUGGCAUCAUUUAUUUGUAAAAAGUUAAUUUUGCCCCUUAUUUAAAUCUUAAUGCAAACGCAUACUAAUUUUUGGCCA